GUAAUUCUUCGAGGCUGGCGGAGAAUGGAAGCUCUCGAAGUCGCUGUCUUCGCGCUCAUCUGCGCCUCAAUCGGGUCAUUUUCAUCACAAUUGGAUCUUCCUUGCCUCACUCGGCUAUCCGCUGCUUCUUUUGGCUACUCGCCGCCUCAAUCAGCUUCCUUAUACCUCAAUAGGGUCACGGCUCUUCCGGCGUAUUCACGCCUAUCCCGGCCAAUCAGUCUCCUAAAUCUGCAGCGCUUCUCUUCGCCUUGAGGUAUAUAAGAUGCAUUACCUGCAAGCGGCGCAGAAUGAAGAUCUAUCUCUGCUAGCAGAACAGCCGGAAAGACCUCCGAAGGUGCCACGGGAGCUGAUGCCAGCGUCGCACGCCCGACGGGAGCUCUGGUAUCGCGACAUGUUCAUGUCGCUCAUUGGCUGGCCCUACGUUCGUGUGGCCUUCAACGUCGUCGUGCCGAUCGGAAGCGCAACGAUCAUCCAGCCCAUCCUGUACACGCCAGACCUGCAGAUCACGCUGCACCUACCAGCUUUGUUCCAUCUGGCUCAGCGACUCGCAGAUCUUUAUACCUGGCUGUCAAGCGCCCUGGAACGCGAAGGCACGUACUGUCUUCCCAGCUGCACCAUCGGUGAGGCCUUGUCAUGUCAGCGGCCACGAAUCAGGAUGUACCGCGCACCGUAUCGGGACUGGGUGACUGUAGGCUAGCAGCACGAUAUAUCUUCGUACCAUUACACUACGACUGAGUUCGAUAGUUCCAGAAAUCAAGCUUGCUGCUCUGAUAUAUUAUUGUGGGG